CUGAAAAAAAAAAAAGAAGAAGAAACUAAUUAUGGAGAAUGCAUGAAUCGGGGAAAAAACGGCCUGUUCUAACUUGUCUAUAAAUAGGAGGCAGAGGAAGAGGCAGAGGCAUCAAAAACCGGUUGAAUUGGUUAAGUAAGGCGAAGGCGAAGGCAUUAAUAUUAUAUUUGGAGUGGGUUUGUUUCUGUUGUGUAGAGAGCAGAGAAAGAGACAAAAUGUGUAGAACUGGAACUGGAAGAUCCACAUCCACCCAUCAUCAUUCCAUUGAAUCUAAUGGUUCCCAGACCCAGACCCAGACCCAGACCCAGUCCGGGACAAACCUACCACUCAUCGAUCUUGAUCCCGGAAUUCCGACGGUGUUCGAGCCAUAUUGGAGGAGGAUGGGAGACAAGUGUAGGGUGGUGAUCCAAGGGUGUGAUCUCAUGAGCUACAGAGCCACCACCACUAAUCUUUGCUGGUAUUUGCUGCCGGAGUUGGAGGAGGCCAUCCGGAGACUACAUCGCGUCGUGGGCAACGCGGUGGUCGAUGAACGACAUGUCGUUGUGGGGACUGGUUCCACCCAGCUCUUUCAGGCUGCGCUUUAUGCUCUUUCUACCCCCGCUGCCGCUGCCGCUGCCCCUCAGCCCAUUAAUGUCGUUUCCGCUGCUCCUUACUACUCGUGUUAUCCAGAUGAAACAGACUACUUGUGCUCCAGGCUCUACAAAUGGGCAGGGGAUGCCAACCAAUACGACAGUAAAAGUGGACCAUUCAUAGAAGUGGUAACCUCCCCAAACAACCCAGAUGGCUGUUUGAGGGAACCGGUGGUUGAGGCCCAUGGCCAAGGCAAGCUCAUUCAUGACUUGGCCUAUUAUUGGCCGCAAUUUACACCCAUCACUCGUCCCGCCGAUCAUGACCUUAUGUAUUUCACCUUCUCCAAAUGCACUGGACAUGCUGGCUCCCGCAUUGGUUGGGCACUUGUUAAGGACAGAGAAGUGGCAAUCAAAAUGACCAAAUACAUGGAUCUCAGCUCAAUUGGGGUAUCAAAAGAUUCGCAGUUCAGAGCAGCGAAGAUAAUGGAACUGUUAUGCAACAACUACGACCAAAAGCUUGGGUCUAAUUUCUCCAACAACUUCUUUGAGUAUGGGAAGAGUCUUAUGGCCGAAAGAUGGAAGAGUUUGAGAGAUGUAAUUGGACGCAGUGAUGUUUUCAGUCUCCCCACCUUCGAGCAGCAGUACUGCUGCUUCUUUGGACGUCUCUCACAAUCAUAUCCUGCUUUUGCUUGGUUGAGGUGCAAAGAGGAGAUAGAGGACUGUGGGAGCUUUCUUAGAGAGCAUAAGAUAGAGGGGCGGAGCGGGAGGCGUUUUGGAGCUGAUGCCAAGUAUUUAAGAAUAAGCAUGCUCAGUAGCGAUGAUGUCUUUCAGCAGUUCUUGGAGAGGUUGUCCGCCAUCAAAAUUUUAAACAAUGCCAACUGAAAUUCAUUUGGGCCUUUUUUUAAAUUUUAUUUUAAGUCUUUCGGCCGUAAUUGUAACCCCGAGGAUGAUGAGGAAGGCAAACCCUCUAUCGUCCAUGGUGGUUUAGUUCAUUUUCUUGUAACGUCUUGUUUGGCAUAGGAAUCUAUAUCAAUAGACAAUUGGUCCCCUUCUAUUUCUACGAUUUCUUAAUCUAGUUGGUUAGAAACUGCUGUAAAAUUGCUUCUGCUUAAACCUAAUUAAUCCAUUCAUAUCCUUUUCAGUCCCCAAUUA